AUGUUUCAGAGGACGACAUCGUUACGCCGCCACUGGUCCGAGUACGUUGUGGUAUGCCGAGUCGAUUCGGAUUGGAACGGCAUUUUGGUCCUCAGUGAAGAGAGAUUACUAGAGUUCGGAUGUUGCACUGCUUCUCGUGGUGGGUUUUCUUUUUUCUCUCGUGGCAUUAGUAGAGUAGGUAGUAUUCUGCUGUACUUGCUCUAG